GGCCCGCGCUCAGCGAGGGUCACCGGGCCCGGGGGCUGCCAGGGUGGGCGGUGGGCUGCAGCGGGGAGGCCGCAGCCCAGGUGGUGAGACAUUGCACGAAACGUGGAGGCGCAGGAGUCGUGUCCCCGACCUACCGCAGGGGACGCUUCGCAGAGGAGGUGGUCGUGAGCUGAGCCCCCAGGGACCAGUGCAGUAGUUUAGGGCAGACGGGGCAUCUCGAGCAAAGGCCCGGAGAUGUCAGACGGGGGCGUCUGGAGCUCUUAGAGGAGUGUGGGCGGGGAGGAAAGGGGACAGGAGCCGCGUCCCGAAGGAAGAGGCGCGAUUUGGGGUGGCUGGAAGGGCCCAGGGACGUGGGAGGGGGUAUCUGUUGCUCGGAAGGGGAGCUGCUGCCUCCACCAGGAGAGGGGGAGGGCGGUGCAUUGCUUAGAGGCUUUGCCUGGGGGUCUUCAGGGGACGCCAGCCCUGGCGUCUGGUACUGCAGCAUCCUGCUGGCACCCGCUUGGGUGGUAGAUCACUUUCUCAAAGUCUCAUGGGCAGAAACUGGGCUGCUGAGAGCCCCAAAGACAGAACAUGACAGGAAAGUGGAAGCUGGAGACUUUGGAGUUCCUAUCGGAAUUCUAAAGGAACACAGAAUGGCCACACCUGCAUCACUGAUUCUAACUCCAGAAUAUCCAGGGUCACUUUCCCAGACAAGAGAGUAUCAUCUCGGUGCCUGUCUUGAAGCAUCUGUCUUGGGGGUUGGGGAUGGGGGUGGAGAGCGAGGGGCGGGAGACUGGGUUUGGGGCCCCCCCAACACCCUGCCUCCAUCCCUGAAGCCCUUGGUUCCCGUGGCAGGGCAGGGUGCUACGUAGAUCCAUCCAGGAAAACUCUGCCCGUCUCUGUGCAGAGCCACGUGGGUGCCAGGGGUCCAGGAACCUGCCAGGGCUGGACCCCUGGCUGGCCCUGACUCCUGAGGCCCUGGAGACACGGAGGUUGGGAGUCCCUUGGGGUGCAGACCCCGCUCUGCUGGGCAGCAGGUGGCUUUGCCCUCCCAGCCUCCCAAAUGUGGGUUGUCGGGGUCCUGCCUGGCCCGGUGCAAUAGCUGCCCACAGUCAGCCCUUGGCAAGUGUUUGCCGUGGCCAGCGGCGCUGCUACCCCCUCACGGUGUCCCGUCCGUUUGCGGGUCUCCACCUCCCCUCAGUGGGCUGCCUCUGCGUUCAUUUGCCCUGGGCUUUCCCGGCUCAAGCUUCCUGGUCAACAGCAUCUCUUAGCGUCUCAGAAGUGCCCAGUUAGACGACACAUUCCUCCUGUGACGGCGCUGUCCGCCAUCACAUUGGAGGCCGAGGGGAUCCCGCAGUGGAGUGCCAGGACCAGACGCCCCAGCGAUGACCAGUUCCCCUGUCUCCAGAGUCGUCUACAACGGCAAGAGGAACAGCAGCCCCCGCUCGCCCCCCAGCAGCAGCGAGAUUUUCACCCCGGCUCACGAGGAGAAUGUGCGCUUCAUUUACGAAGCCUGGCAGGGCGUGGAGCGAGACCUGCGCAGCCAGCUGUCGGGCGGCGAGCGGGGCCUGGUGGAGGAGUACGUGGAGAAGGUCCCUAACCCCAGCCUGAAGACCUUCAAGCCCAUCGACCUGAGCGACCUGAAGCGCCGGAACACGCAGGACACCAAGAAGUCCUAAGGCGCCGGAGCCCCCGCCCUGGCCUCUGGGGGACCUGCACGCCCGCCGCGGCCGCCGCCUCUCCCCUGGGCCAGCUCCUGGGAGGGGAGGGGCCUUGCUCCCCGCCGGCCGAGAAGCCCGGGACCAGGACAGGCGCGCCGGACGGCCCAGGCCGCCCCUCCUCCCUGAGCCCCCCUCUCCCCUCGGGGGAUCUCAGGCUGCCCCCAUCCUUGGGAGGGCCUGGGCCCUGCCUGCACCCAGGGCUUGACCUGACUCCCCUCCCCUUCCCAACACCUUCCGCUGCCCCCACCCCCCUCCCCUGGCCACUGCUAGGAUCAGGAGGGAGACGCAGGGGCCUCUGUCGUCUCCUGUGCUGGCAGGACCAGGCCGGCUUUGUCCCCGAGGUGGCCAGGAGGCAGGACAAGGGUGGUCCCACCUGUGCCCAGCAUGGGUCCCCCACUGACCCCUGUUGCCCCUUUGGCCUGGACACGGGGAGCAUCUGACACCCCCCUCCCCCCCGCCACUGUCCAGCCUGGCCCCUUCCCUCCCCGUGUCCGCUUCAGGAUGGCACCAGCUCUCCUGGGACACUGCCGUGCCCCCCCGCGCCUUAGGAAGGGGUGUGGGGCUGCCCACUGGGUCCUGCCCUGUGCAGUGAGCUGGGAGGGUGUGCUGUGCCCUCCAAAUCCAGGUGUCCGACUGGAACCUGAAGGCCCGUGAAUAAAGGUGGGGUGGCCUUGG